AUCCUGAUAAGCCAAACUCAAGAAAAAUCCUUCAAACUGGCAGAGUCCCCACAGAGAACCUGCCCUUAAGAUCCCAUGAGACCAAGAAGACACCAUGUCGAGUUAUUGAGAAGAAGGCACCAAGACAAGAGCUACAGGAGGAUAUACCAUCUUCCUCCCAUUCAUAUUUAGAGCCAGGAUUGUGUUCAGAUGAUUUAAUUAAUCAUCUUGACAAUGAUACUUUAUUGGAAUGGAAAAGUGAAGUGUGUGAUGAUGGCAAUGUCAAUUUUUCUCUGACUGACAAUGUCCAUGGAGUUGCCAAAUAUACAGUUGUUGUGGAUUCUUGCUCAAUGGAGUUUACGGCAUAUGCUUUUAAUUGGCCAAUACCUGAUGACCACAAUAUCUACAACGAACAUAAACGAUCUAUCAAAAGUGGUGAACAGUUUCGAGAGGUGUUGUCAACAAUAGAGAAAAGCAAGCGAUGUGAAGGUGUGCCUGAAGAUCAUCAAACAAAAAAUGCUGCUAUUUAUCCGAACACUGACAUAACCAUUGCUAUUCCUCGAACAGUUAUUCGCUACUCUGUUCCGAAAAAACCAUCACCAAAGCAAUUUGAAGCAACUGUUUUCUUUCGUUCACCUAACUGUGACGUCAUCAUAGAACAUUCUGAACUCUGUGAUCCAUGCUCAACUAUCACCAAACAACUAAAGAGGACAAACAAAAAGAGAGCUAAAACAUCCCCAGCAAAGAGUAAGGCUCCUCUUUCAGCAUGUGCACCUGGCAAGUUACGAGCAACUGUGGUCGCUGCAAGGUCGAAGUGCAAAUUAUUUGAAGGAGAACUGCAAGAACUCCAAAAGAAGAUUACCAGUCAAGGCGUAUCCAUUGAUAAGACUCUGGAGGAGAACAUUCUGAAGAUAAUGGAUGGACAAAAUCUAGAUAGUACUCCACACAUGAAAUUCUUCUGGCAAGAGCAGAUGAAGCUUUUGCAAUCUUCUAGUUGUGGACGAAGAUAUCACCCACAAAUUAUUCAGUUUGCUUUAUCUGUUCAUGGCAAAUCACCAUCUGCCUAUAGAGAGCUCAGAGAAAGCGGUGCCUAA